AUGCCCUAUUUGGAGGCCCCGUUGCUCCUUCUAUCUUACCUCUGGGGCAGCCUGCUUCCUCUCUGCGCAUUCGCCUCUCAGGUGGACAGUGUUGACGGUAAUUACAUUCCAGCACGCGGUGUACUUACCCUUCCACGACCACAAAUCUCCGACACCGUGGAAAUAACAAUGUUUGUCAAGGAGCACGCUGAUAACGGAACAGUAGUCGGCAUCCUGAACCAACAGUUCCCUUUUCUGCAGUCUGCAGCUGACCUGUACUACCAAAUGUACGGCUUGGGACCCACCUAUGAAUUCGGAGAGCCAAGCGUGUCUGGUACGUCUCGACGUGCGGCAAGUCAUUCAAACGACUCCAUGGAAUUACUCUUCCAUAUAGACCCCACCUCCUCUGUCAUUCGCGUCAGUAAUUCCCAGUGGCUGGAUCGCGAACUCCUCUGUCCAUUUGCCUCAGGUAACAAUAAGGAGUGUAGUCUGGCCUACGCUGUCUCAAUCAGUGGAAAGGCGAAGGCGACUCCGCGGUUGACACCACAACAGUCUUGGAUACGUGUGAAGAUAGUGGUCGAGGAUAUUAACGACAAUCCACCCCGGUUUCAGUCCAUAAACGACAGCGAGACGGCAACCGCCUCGCCGACUGCAUGCAAUCUCCACCUUCAGUUGAGUGAGGCUGUCCAGAUUGGAACAAAACUCAAACUGCCAGACGCCAUCGAUCUGGACAGUCAAGCCAAUGGUCUGCCAAUCUAUCAGUUCUCCUGCGAAGAGCCUAAUCAGGUCAAUGACGUUUUCACUCUCCGCCAGUCACGUGGGGAAAACGCUGUUAGCCGGAUCUGGCUACUGCUGAGUAGCACACUCGAUCACGAACGACAGGCCACCUACAACUGCACCCUCACGGCCUGCGACAACGGUAUGCCCAUUCUCUGCUCCUCCCUGCGUGUCUGUAUCUCGGUGCAUGAUGUGAAUGACAACAGUCCCGUCUUCCAGAACAGCAAUAUUUCCCUCAUUCUGCGGGAAGACACCCCUCUGGGCAGUCGAGUGGCAAAAUUCAACGCCACCGACGCCGACAGCGGUAACUUUGGUCUGGUGCGUUUCGCUCUGGUGGGUGGGGGGCAGGAAGACUAUAACAAUCAGAGUCAUUUCAGAGUAGACGCCAAGACGGGUGAUCUUAUCCUGAAGCGGCGCCUCAUCGGUGGCACAAAGUACCACUUCUGGGCUGAGGCCCGAGACGGCGGCGAGCCGGAAUCCCUCUCCGCCCGCAUUCCGGUCUCCGUCAUUGUCACUGAUGUAAAUAAUCACGCCCCCCGCAUCGAUAUCCUGCCAGCGGCUGUACGUGUUCGGAUCAGUAACAGUACAGCCGCAGAUGCGGUGCGAUCCAUCAUGUCGCAGGUGCGUUCAGCGCCCUGUGAACUGGCCUACGGAUUUCCGGACAGCAGUGAGGGAAACAGAGCCUGUGACCAGCACAGUCUAGUGCGCAUAUUUGAGGAUAAUCUACCCCCCUCGAACAUCGCCUUUGUACGCGUCUCGGAUGAGGAUGUGGGCGAGAAUGCGCAUGUCUCUUGUGAGCUCACAGUGGAACCCAACAGCUCUCUUCUCAAGGACGACGUCUACCUUCAAAUGGAGCACCAGACUUCCAGUGGGAAGACUCUGUACAAGCUGGUCCUCAACAGAACCGUUGAUUGUGAAGCCGCUAGCCCGGCGGGGACUGUCCGUCCUUGUGGCGGAGACUGGGCCCUGCACAUGCGGAUGACCUGUCACGAUAACGGUCAGCCGCGCCAGCAAACGCUCCAUAAAAUUGCCCUGGAGGUGUUAGAUGCAAAUGAACAUCCGCCUGUGUUUGAGAAAAGCCUGUACACGGUAGAAUUAAAAGAGAGUCUACCUGUGGGAUCCAAUGUGAUCCAGCUUUCCGUGACCGAUCAGGACUCCCUGCCCAGAGGCAGCAGCGAGAUUACUGUGGCUGCGGCGGGAUCACUUUUGCAGCAUUUAGGGCAAACGCUAAAAUUCAGUUUGGAUUCUAACGAAACCCUGCCGUUCGCCAUCGACACGCUCUCCGGACGCAUCUAUUCUACUGAACAGCUGGAUGCUGAAACGCGAACGGAGUAUAACCUGACGGUGAGUUCUGAAUAG